AUGAAAUAUUCAAAUUUAUUAUUUAUUUUAUUUGUUUUAACAUUGCUAUCACUUAAUCAAAAUUCAAAAGUCGAGUGCUCUCCCGCUCCUGUUAAGUUCCCCAGUAUAUUUGCAGGACUCAAGAAUGUAAUUGCUGCAGGAGCAUCUGUUAUCGUUGAAACUAUUCUCCCAGGGUUCCCACCACCAUUGGCAGGUGCCAUUGUGAAUUCUUUGUUCCCAAACCAAAACGAUCCUCAAGCAGUAUGGAACAGUAUCCUAGUCUAUGCUCAAGCUGCAAUUGACGAUAAAAUUGAUAAUGCAACCUAUGCUUUGGUUCAAUCAGAGUUAGUAGGAUAUUCUCAAUUGAUGAACGAAUACUACUUAGCUUCCAUGUCAGAUCCAGAUUCUACACCAGAGUACCUAAGUUCUGUUUACAUUUCAUGUGUUACUCAAGUGAUUCGUCAAGAACAGCUCUUUAAAACACAACAAUUCCAAGCAUUACUCUUACCAUUGUUUGCUCAGUUUGCUAAUCUAUAUUUAACUUUGAUUCGUGAUGGUGUAAAUUAUGGAAAUCAAUUGGGAUGGAGUCAAUCUGUUAAAACUAGAUAUGAUAGUUUGAUGAAAUCAAAGAUUAUCAGUUAUGCCGAGUAUUCCGAUUCAGUAAUCAAUACUCAUAUUAAAUCCUUAGAUUACUAUGAAUCUAUUAGAUAUCCACCUCAAUUAUGGAAUCAAAUUUCUGAUCAACUUAAUCAUUUCUAUGUAUCAGUGACAGCAUUCUCAUACAAUUGGAAAUAUUUUGAUAUCAAUACAUAUAGAAAUGGUGUAUCGAUUAAUCCAGUCUCACCUAUAUUUUUAUCAAAUCUUGCUGGGGUUUUUAAUAAACAAGAUGAUUGCAUAUAUUCUGCUUGUAAGAAAUUGCAAAGACCAGAGGUAGUUGCAGGAAAAGUAUCAUCGACAAGAAUGAUGUCAAAAAUCACACCAUAUUUUGUAAAUACUUAUGGAAUGGUCGGACUCUUCAUUGAAUAUAAUGAUGGAUCUACAAAGUUAAUUGGACGUUCUUCAGGACCCAAUAUUAUACCCGAUCCAACUUCAAUUUUAAGACAAGUUCCAAUUGUUUCAGUAUCAGUAUCCACUGAUCCGAUUCAUACUUAUGGUAUCACAUUCACAUAUAUUGAUUCUAUUCAAGUAACCCUCGGAGUAGUUUUAACCAGUUCCAAAGCUCAACAAUUUGAUUCAUCAUACCCAGGUCAAUGUGUUGUCGAUAUUGUUGACCCAGGAUUUGAAGGAACAGAUGUAGGAUUUUUGAUUGGUCUAUCGAUUGCAUUUGAUGAUAUUGAUUACCGUUUCCCAGUUUCCCCAUCCCCAAUUGCUGUCUCACAAUAUUAUUAUCUAGAUUCAAAUGGUGAAGCUAGAUAUCAAUACAAUACCGGAACAAUCAUGACAAAUAAACCUUCACUUGGAGGAAAUACCAAUGGUGGAUGGAGAAUUGUAAUCAAUACAAAUGGUGUAAUUAUUUUCACAAUUGACAAUGGAUCUGGAUUUUUCAAGGCUACAUCAUCAUCAACACAAAUACUAGAUGGAAAUUGGCAUCAUGUUGCUGUUGUUCGUAGAGGUACUUCACUAGAAAUUUGGUUGGAUGCUGUUAAACUUACAACAACAAUAAAUGGUUCGAAUUUGAGUACUAAAUCAACAAAUUCUUUAUUGAUUGGUUCAAGUUAUUAUAAUAACAUAACUGAACCACACUUUAUUGGGUCGAUAGAUGAUAUUACAUUGUGGAAUGUUGCAAUCACUCAAACACAAAUAUCAAACACAAUGAACAAAAAGAUUUUUGGAAAUGAACCAGGUUUGGUUGGAUAUUGGCCAUUAGACAAUAAUUUCAAUGAUAAGAGCUCAACUACAAAUAAUGGAUCUCCAUAUGGAACUGUUAAUUUUAUUCAGAGUUCUUCAUCUUCAAACUUUGGAUGGUCAUUUGGAGGGUAUUCAUUCAAAGCAUUCCAAGUUCCAUGGUCUGUAAUUAUUGAUCCAACAACUGCUUAUGAUAUUGAUAAAAAAUUUGUUUAUCAAUUCAAAUUCACUAAUGGCGAUAGAUUCUAUUAUACAACUAAUAGUUCAUUUACUUCAAGUGGUUGGGUGAACGAUGGUAUUGCUUUCAAAGUAUAUAAUGAAUCUAAUUUGGUAAUACCUUCUACCAAACCAGUUUACAGAUAUUCAAGAACUCAAAUUCCAUCGCUUGGAUCAGGAGUGGUUUAUGGAUAUUCGACUGUUCAAAAUAUGUUAGGUUGGAUAAAUGAAGGUAUUGUUUGGAAUACAACAAGUGAUUCUACACCAUCAUUCCUUUCAUAUCAAGAUCUUGAAUAUAAGAUGAUUCAAAAUGUUGGAUCACAAAGUUGUUUAACUGCACCAACAACAUCUGGAUCAUCAGUAACACUUUCAACAUGUGAUCAAUCGAAUCUUCAACAAUUCUGGUAUUUGAAAUAUGAUUCAUUUGGACCACAUCUUUACAAUCCACAAACAAUGAUGUAUAUGAAUAAUCAAACAACAACAUUGAUUGGAACAAUAUCGAUUCCACAAAACAAUUUUAAUAUUCUCAAUCAAUUAACAAAUGGACAAUAUACAAUUCAAGAAUAUUUUACUUCAUUAUGUCUUCAACUCAAUACUGUUUCAAAUAUAGUUGAAUUCAAAACUUGUGAUUCAUCAAAUCAAAAUCAAAUUUGGAAUUAUCCAAGUUCAGUUUUAGUUGAAAGUUCGAAAUCAAUUCCAUUGUUCCCAGGUGCAUGUUUAGAUUCACUUGGAUUGAAAUGUCCAACAACACUUCCAGAAGGUAGAUCACUCAAGACAUCAAGUUUAUCUCUAACAAUCAAUUCAAAUGGAUACUUAACACUAAAAUAUGGAAGUUCUGAAGUAUAUUCAUUGGGUGUAACAUCAUCAACAGGACCAUAUUCAAUUACAAUUCAAUCAGAUGGAAAUGUUGUUUUGAAUGGUAAAUCUGGAACAUAUACAGCAAUUGGAUGUUGGAAUCUUGGAGGUCAAUAUCUCAAUCUUCUUGAUAAUAAUCUUUAUGGUUUACAAUAUGGAAUGAUCGUUCAAAACAAACAAAACAAGAUGAUUUGGUCGAAAUUAGGAUAUCCAACAUCAUUCAAAAUUGGAUUGAUUCCAGGUUCAUUCAUUGACCACCAAGAUUCAACAAAUAAUUAUCUUGGAGUCAAUCAAUUCAUCACCAAUGGAAGAGAUUAUUUGAUUGUCAAGAAAACACCUUCUGGUGAUUCCUAUGGCGCAUAUUUAUAUGGACAAAAUCCAAACCAGGGAUCCACUAUUUUAUGGAGAAUUGAAAAUCCAUCUUUGUUUAAAGAUGAUCUCAGAAUGUAUGUUCAUUACAAUGGUGAUACAAACUCUUUUUGUUUCGUCAAUUCAAUAACUGAAACAUAUAUGUGUCAUAUCUUUGGUAGCUCGAACACCCUAAAGAUUCAAUCAUCCCAAUUUCUUCAACUUCCAGCACCAGGUAAUGACCAUUCUGGUGAUAGAGCUAUUGUAUUGCGUUCAUCUAAUGGACCAAUUACAUUUGGAUAUUUUGGUAUCUCAGGAAUGGAAAUGAACUAUGUUCAACAACCAAGCACAAGCUAUAUAUAUGAAAGUAGAUUCCUAAGCUUACAAAUCUUUGAAGUCACUUAUACAAUCAAAAAUUUACUUUCCUAA